GGGAGGAGUUUUCCUAUGUUUUUCUUCUUUUUUUUUUUUUUUUAAUUAAAAAAAAAAGCAAGCAAAAGCUGUAGAAGUUUUUGUAGCAUUAAAUCUGUUUCUUUUGUGGCUAUCUGAAGUUGUACAUGAAAUAUAUCUCAGGUUUUCAACAACUUUGGUCUGAAAAGUUAAAGCGCUUGGAUUUAAAAUGAAGGAUGAAAUUGCUGCUACUGUCUUCUUCAUCACAAGGCUGAUAAAAAGGGAAGACAAGCUGAGCAAGCAUAAAAUAGAGAGAUUUGCAGCUAAGCUGACAACACUGCUGUUUGAAAAGUACAAGAACCACUGGUACUUGGACAAUCCUUCCCGAGGACAGGCCUUCAGGUGCAUAAGGAUAAACAAGCAUCAGGCAAGAGAUCCCCUGCUGGAGCAAGCUUGUGUGGAGAGCAAUGUGGACUUCAACAAGCUUGGUCUGCCGAAAGAGAUGACGCUGUGGGUUGAUCCAUUUGAAGUGUGUUGCAGGUAUGGAGAGAAGAACCGGCCGUUCACAGUUGCUCACUUUGAAGGAGAGGAGAACCCAGAGCUUUCGCAGCAGAUCAACCACGCUGUUGACAGAGCAGCUCUGGAUUAUCCUUCCGGCACCUCUUCGGAUGAGGAGAGCUUCAACAGGGAACCAAAGGCCAUCCCUACUGUCAGCAAUCCCAACAGCGUCUACCAGUUUGACUACUGCAAGACACCCAUACAGUCCUGGUCUCAGUAUCUUCAUAGGAAGACACACACGAGUGGCUCAUCCUAUGCCCAGCACAGGGCUUUCAAAGCCUUCAGGCCAGCUGUUGCUUUCCCAGGACCACGUGUUGACAGAUACCACUGGAUCAACACCAAGCGGUAGAUCCGUGGCUGUCUCUGUUCCAAGAGCCUCUAACACUCAGCUGUGCUGUGUGAUGAAGGCUGGUGCUACAGAGCUUCACGAGAAGAGAAUGUGCUUACUGUCUGUUCCCUAUCCUCUUACUCUGUGCUAUUGAAACUCUGGGUUUUUAAAUAACAUUUUAAUAUUUUAACAAUGUUAACAAGACUGAAAAUUAAUGUGAGAUGCUACUUGUAAGCUAAAAAGGAAAUGCGUAUAUAUCAAUAAAUCUAAUCAUGUUUUCUUUUAAAAAGCUGUCCAAUCCCCUCUUGGUGCCUGAAGGGAGUUUAAAAAAAGCUGUUUGGUCAAAACACGAGUCAAGGAAGACUGAUAAUAAAUAAAUACACCCUUAGAGCUGAGGACGAGCAGAUCUUCUGCUUCCUUCUGGCCAAGGUAGCAAGGGCAGCAGCAUUAGUUGCACCGGGAGCAAAAUGUCUGCACCUCCCAGUGUGUGGAGCUCUGCUGUGUGCAGCUGUGAAGGAUGCUCCUGUGGCUCCAUCUGGGCUUCUGGUUCCUAGCCUGCAGCUCACCUGUCAGAAGAAGCCAGCCUAUGGACAGGAGAGGGAUGGAUAGAUGAUGGUUUAGCUCUCCCAGCUGUGAACAGCACAGCAAAUAUCACCUUCUCAAUGGAUGGAAUAUUUAUCAAAGGAUGCCUGUUCUGCAGUGCUGUGUCCCCCAGGAAGCUUUUCCUAAACCACGUGAGUCACUUUAGCUGCCUUCUACUCAGUCAGAACUCUGGAGAGAUGGAGGCUAUGCUUUCAGUAAGAAAGGGCUUGUUGGAACACUACUGGGCUUCUGAGCUGUGCUCUAGGAUGCUUUAACUCAGUCCUGGCAGCCACUCAACACGAUGGCUUUGCUCUGACUUUCCUACUGACUUGUCUCCUAGUCCAACACUUGCUGCUCCUUAAACUGGGCCACGAGGGUAAAAGCAAUGGUGGUAGCUUGUCCUGCUGCUUAAUCUCUUGAAAACGCUCAACAAGCUUGUUGUCAAAAUAGCUCAUGCAGAUACAUAGGACUGCUAACUGCAGUCAUUUCUUCUUGCUGUAAUCCUCCUUUUAAUCCUCCUUUGCUACCUGGUAAGCAGUGAUGGAAAUGACUGAUGUGCAGUCCUGAAAGAGAGGCUUUGUAAAAGAAGACAACCAGGCUGCCUGUAUAAAUCAAGUCAAAUAAGUGAUUAAAAUUCUAAGUGUAGAUCUCGGGUAACUUCAUAG